AUGUCUUCCCAGAUCACAUAUUUUCCUCCAGGAAUUUUGGAAUAUGAAGAUGCAGUGAAUUUAAUUCCACCGGAGAUGUCGCCGUCUACUGUUUGGAGUUUUAUUUUUUACAGUGGAACUUUGCAUGGGCGGUGGAUGUGCUGGAGAAUUUUAAUUCAUGUGGCAGUGGAUGUGCUGGAGAAUUUUAAUUCAUGUGAAGCAAAAUCGGGGAACCAACAUAAUGGUGAUUGCGAUGGAGGUAAGGAAUUGCUCAAUGAAGGAGAAAUCAAUGGUCUAUUUUAUCCUAGAACACUUACGCAGAACAAUUUUCAAAGAAAAUCAUAUGUUGAUUACAAUUUUCCAUGA